AAUCAUGGAUAAGAAAAAAAUCCUAAACUCUUAUCACCAUUCCACUUGAGAGACAAACACACCCACAAACAACUUAACCAAAAUCCAAACCAACUUUUGAAUUCCAUGGCCAUCAGUUUCUCACCCUCAGCCCUCUUCACCACCACUGCCACGGCGGCUGCCACCACCACCACCACCACCGCAACACCACCGUUAAACAAACCCCCCCUCCCCAUCCGAUCCACCACCAAGCUACAAUUGCCAAACUUAACCACCACAGCAAUAACUCUAGCUGCAGCCACCAUCAUUGCCACCAGCACCAUCCCUCCAUCGAUCGCCGCCGAAUCCUACGCCACAUACUACGGUACUGCCGCUAGUGCGGCCAACUACGGUGGCUACGGUGGAAAUUCAGACAAGAAAGCCUCAGCUGAAUACAUCUAUGACAUCCCAGAAGGAUGGAAAGAACGCUUAGUAUCGAAAGUCGAAAAGGGAACGAAUGGAACCGAUAGCGAAUUCUACAAUCCAAAAAAGAGAACCGAAAAAGAGUAUUUAACGUUUCUUGGCGGGCUUCGGCAGUUAGCUCCAAAGGAAGUAGUUUUAAACAAUUUAGCACUUUCGGAUGUGAAUUUGCAAGAUUUAAUCGCGAGUGCAGAUUCGGUGACUUCUGAAGAGACUAAGGACGAAAAAGGGCAGGUGUAUUAUGUGUACGAGGUCGAUAGCGCGGCUGCACACAGUUUGAUCUCGGUUACUUGUGCAAAGAAUAAGUUGUAUGCGCAUUUUGUGAUGGCACCUGCAGCUGAGUGGAAAAAGGACCAGGAGACAUUAAAGCAUAUUCAUGAGUCAUUCAAGACCAUCGGAUGAAAUAAGAGUCCAUUUUGAAAUCAGUGCGAUCAUCAUGUACCCAGCCUCUAUAUAGUGUGCUAUUUUGUUAAGAUUGUAUGAAUAUACGACAUUUUGGUGAAAUAACGUCUUGAAAUGUGUUAGUUUCUGCCUUUAA